AUGCCAGCAGUAACAAAGGGUAGAAAACACCAACAACCCUCAUACGAGGAAGAAGAGGAAGAAAACGACGUCCAAGUGUCCGAUACUGAAGAACAAGAAGAAGAAGAAGAAGAGAACGGACAAGAAGAAAUUCAAGACGUCAAUGAAGACGAUGAAGAGAAUGAAGAUGAGGACGAAGAACCACAACAAAAGGGUGGAUUGAAAAAGCACAAGUUCAACGACAAUGGAAGCUUUACACAACAACGAGGAAGAGGUGGUUUCAGAGGUGGUCGUGGAGGAAGAGGCGGUGGUUUCAGAGGAGGUCGUGGAGGUGGUGGUGAUCGAGAGGGUGGUGGUUUCAGAGGUGGAAGAGGUGGUGGUUUCAGAGGAGGACGAGGUGGUAGAGGAGGAAGAGGUGGUGGUGGUUUUAAAUCCUUUGAUGGUCCACGUGGUGUUGAGAAACAACAUAAAACUGGUGGUUUUGGUGGAGGAGGCUUCGGAGGAGGUGGAAGAGGUGGAGGAAGAGGCGGUGGACGUGGAGGUGGUUUUAGAGGAGGAAGAGGAGGUGGACGUGGAGGUGGACGAGGUGGAUUCCGAGGAGGAAGAAACCGAGAAUAA